CCGCUCUUCGGGCUUGGGCUUCGGUUCCGGCGACAUGGCUAAACGCACCAAGAAGGUCGGGAUCGUCGGAAAAUACGGGACCCGCUAUGGUGCCUCCCUCCGGAAAAUGGUGAAGAAGAUUGAAAUCAGCCAGCACGCCAAGUACACUUGCUCCUUCUGUGGCAAGACUAAGAUGAAGAGACGAGCCGUUGGCAUCUGGCAUUGUGGUUCCUGCAUGAAAACAGUGGCCGGCGGGGCCUGGACCUACAAUACCACUUCUGCAGUCACAGUGAAGUCUGCCAUCAGAAGACUGAAGGAACUGAAGGACCAGUAGAAGCCUACCUUCUGAGACUUGCCUGGUCUGCAAUAAAUGGGCUAAUUUACAGAACAAAAAAAAA